AUGACUUAUGGUGAGAAGGAGGUGACAGUGGACAUGUGUUUCAGCAAAGUUUUUGAAUGGAUGUUUGUACUGGUUGAUGUACAUGAACCUACUCUAGGUGCAGAUUUUAACCACCACCACAGUCUGGGGUUACAGCUGAGCACAACACAAGUGAAUAACUUUUACAUCCAAGUUGGACAUGAAAAUGGAAAGGAAGCAGUCACAGGUGGAUUUUUUGGGAACUUGUUCAGAACUCUGAUUGAGCUUACAAAUUCCACGUACAGUCUCUCCAUUCUGCGCGGCUACUCCUACGGGCACCGCACGCCCAACUCGACCGAGUGGAGCGGACUGAUCGGCGUCCUCCAGAGGAGGGAGGCCGACAUCUCUGCCUGCGAAGUCACCAUCGGCCUGGACCGCAUCGACGCGCUCAGCUUCGCCCAGCCAGUGCGCAAUGCUGGGUGCAGGUUUUACUUUCAGAAGCAGUUCCAAGAGAUGAUGUUCAAGCCGUACCUGCAGCCGUUUGACGGAAGAGUCUGGAUUGCCCUGCUGGGGUACGUGAUAGCGACGGGCAUCCUUAAGUGGUUCCUCCAUUACUUGCUGCGCGAACGCGCGGACCCAAUAACAGCAACGUUCGCCAUUGUCGCAGCGUUGUUAAACCAAGCGUCAGGGGAUUCUCGUAGAUGUGCAAUCCGAGUGCUGUACUUCUGGAUCUGUGCCCUUUUCCUCAUCCUAAGGAUCGGAUACGGCGCAAGGCUAACUGCCACGUCCACUCUAAGGCAGUCUACUGUGCCUUACCAUGGAAUGGAGGGCAUCCUCGCCAGUGACUGGAGCGUCAAUGUCAUCAGUAACAGCUUUGCGUUGGAAUCACUGCAGAUGUCACCUUCAAACAGCACUGCAUGGAAAUUGUGGCAAACAAAAAUUGACAACAAUCCUGGCAGCAUGGUGGAAACUGUUGAAGAUGGUUUGAAGAAUGUUCUUGACCAGAAAAAUUUGGCAUUUCUGGGCUUUGAAGACUCUUGCCGUGAGGUGCUGCACAGCAGAUUUUCACCUGAUCAGUCGUGCAAGAUUUCGGAACUUGAUGGAGUUUUCUUUAAAGCACCGCUCUCAUUUGCACUACCACGUGACUCUGAGUUCUUGGUAAUUAUUAACUACUGGUUACUGAGACUCUUUGAGAACGGCGUCAUUGAUCGUCUUUCCCGGAAGUGGUUACCAAAGCCGUCCGUGUGCGACGAUAACAAGUUUGAAGCAGAAACCUUCGACGACUUCUUGCCUAUGAUCACUUUGUUUGGAUGUGGCCUGUGUUUGGCAGUCGUCUUUCUGAUAGGAGAAAUAUGCAUAUACAGUUUCAAACACAGGAAUGUUAAAGUAGUUUCGAGAAAGCGAAAGGCAAGGAAGGCACAGAAAAUCGUUUGUAUUCAGUGACAUAAUAUCGGUUGCACAUAGCGCCACUGCAUAGCUGUUUUCAUCCUAAUUUGAAAACAAUUACUAGGGCUUGGAAUAAUGGACAUUUAUUAGACUGCACCUUAGUGUUAAAGA